UCAAGCUUGUGCUUGGUCCAGCUGCGCUUCACUUCCACUAGAUGGGCAACCACUCACAGGGGCACUCCUUGAAACUCUGAAAUACAUCCAGAAAAUUGUACAGAUGACUUUGAAAGAUCUCAGAGGACUUUUGAUUUAGUUUAAAUUAAUGCGUUACAGGGAGCGGAGAAGUGUUGACGCGUCUACAGACCCGUGCGUAACUGUCGUUUCUUUCUCAUCCCCAUCAGUAAAUCUUCAUCUUUUCUCGACCAGACGUUUUAUUUGGAGGAAGGACAUCUAACCCGGGUAAAGAUGACAGCGAUCAGAAUGGUUUCAUCAGUGCUGCUUCUGGUGCUGAUGCAGUCUGGAGCUCUUUGCGCACGGAGGUUCCGGGGUGGCCGCAACCCGCAACCACGACGCGCACCACCUCCUCCCACAUACCGAGCGGACCGGGGUGACACCACGGAAAGCUUCCCUCUGGAUUUCACCGCCGUGGAGGAGAACAUGGAUAACUUCAUGACACAAGUGAAGAACCUUGCGCAGUCACUGUACCCGUGUUCGGCGCAGAAGCUCGACUACGACAUGAAGUUGAACUUUUUGGAGAAUACAUCAGUCACCUGCAAUGACGGAAGCCCUGCGGGAUACUACCUGAAAGAAUCUCGAGGCAGCAGACGGUGGUUGAUAUUUCUUGAGGGUGGCUGGUACUGCUUCAACAAAGAGAACUGCGACAGCCGAUAUGAGACCAUGAGGAGAUUGAUGAGCUCAUCCAAGUGGCCCCAAACCAAAACAGGUACGGGAAUCCUGUCUCCGCUGCCUGAAGAAAACCCUCACUGGUGGAAUGCCAACAUGGUGUAUAUUCCGUACUGCUCGAGUGACGUGUGGAGUGGAGCUUCAGCCAAAACGGAGCAGAGUGGCUAUGCUUUCAUGGGCUCUCUGAUUAUUCAAGAGAUAGUGAAGGACCUGUUGACCAAAGGUCUAGACAACGCCAAGGUUCUCCUACUUGCAGGAAGCAGUGCGGGUGGUACUGGAGUCCUGCUGAACGUGGACCGUGUGGCCGAACUGCUGGAGGGACUAGGUCACACUGGGAUACAGGUCCGAGGCCUGUCGGAUUCUGGUUGGUUCUUGGACAAUAAGCAGUACCAUUGUACUGACUGUGUGGAUGCUGUCAGCUGUGCCCCUACAGAGACCAUCAAGAGGGGAAUCAAGUACUGGGGGGGAGUGGUACCAGAGAGGUGUAGGAAAACCCAUGAAGGAGAAGAGUGGAACUGCUUCUUUGGAUAUAGAGUGUUCCCAUCAAUAAAAAGCCCAGUGUUUGUGGUCCAGUGGCUCUUUGAUGAGGCCCAGUUGACAGUGGACAACAUCCAGUUAACAGGCCAGCCUGUGCAGGAAGGCCAGUGGCGUUACAUCCAAAACCUGGGCAUUGAGCUGAGGAAUACACUCAAAGAUGUCCCGGCUAUGUUCGCACCAGCAUGCCUGUCACAUGAAGUUAUCACCAGGAAUUACUGGAUUGACGUGCAGGUUAAAGGCACUUCUUUGCCCCGAGCGCUGCACUGCUGGGACCGCAGUCUCCAGGACAACAGAAACAACAAAGCUCCACCCAAAGGCUGUCCUGUGCAUUUGAUUGACAGCUGCCCAUGGCCGCACUGCAACCCCACCUGCCCCACCAUCCGAGACCAGUUCACAGGACAGGAAAUGAACGUCAUUCAGUUCCUGAUGCAUAUGGGCUUUGAUGUGCAGAAGAUGGCCCAGCAGCAGGGCAUGGACCCCAGUAAGCUACUGGGCAUGCUCAGCAGCGGCAGCUAAAAGGACACACACUCAUAAACACACAGUACAUCCAAGCUAAGCCCGUGCAGGGCUGGCUGGUCUUUCUGGCCAGUCUCCCAUGCCUGAUACCUCUGAACUAACCAUUAAUACCCACAACCCAUCCUACCUUUAGUCCUUUCUCCUCCGACCUCUUGUUUAGUCCCUUCCUUUCAUUCUUCGACUCCUCAUAACUUAGUAAUGGUGACACGUACAGGGGUGACACAUCCCCAUGACAAGGCACAACACUGCUACUCUCCUAUUAAAUUAUCUUUUGCUUUGUAAAAGAAAAAAAGAAAAAUAUCACGAAUGUAAUCCAGUUUUAAGGAUGCCCAUUGAUGUUUUGUUUUUAUAUAUUAUUUUCAUCCUUCCAUAUAGUUUAUAUUUAGUCACUGUAAAAAGAAAAAGAAAAAAGAAACCGCCACAAUGAUGUAAGGAUGCUGUCUUUGACAGGUAGUCACUAUAGAGUGUGUAAGGAUAAUCAUUUUGUUUUCAGACUGUUUUAUAGUUGAGUUUACUCACAUCUCAUCACACAGUAACCUACAUAAAGGCAGAAACAGGCAUGUAUGAUGAGGUGAGAAAAGCACUGGAUCAGGGAGGGACAGAAUUACAUUUUAAUGUACCUCCGACAAAAUGGGAAAACCAGCAGAGACAAUAGACUUCGAUAUUCCACCACAAUCCAGAGACUAGGUUGAAAUAAGGCUCAAAGAAUGAAAAAAAAAACCAAAUAACAGUAUUUGUCAUGGUAAACAGUGUUGGAAUCUACAGUAUAUGGCACUUUUUUGUGACAGGACAGCUGUGAAGAUGCCAUGGAGCCCAGUUUAAUCACGGUGCUAAGAUGGACCAGAAAAUGCUCUUGAGGUGUAUUUGUAGUUACACACACACCACAGUGCCAUUACAUCUAUUCUAUACCUCUUUCUCAGCAACUGCAUCAUUUACAAAAGGACUGUUUAAAACCCCAACACAGGGUUCACACAUUCAUACCAGGAUGUGCUUUUCCCUUUAGGUCACCUCAGUAGUUCAGCAAUCCUCAGAUCAAUGCAAUGAACAUUUAAAGGGAGACAAAUAUCGUGCAUUGUAUAUUUUUUUUUUGAGUACUUGUAUAGGUUCUUUUAAGUGUUCACUAUUGUAACUCCCUUCUUAUAUUUCAUAAUAGAGAUCACUUUUUAAUAUAAUGACAAUGUUGUAUGUAAUGAUGUCUUAUAAAUGAUGUUUUAAAGGACCUCUAUUUCGCAUCACACCAGAGAAGGAAAGGUAUUACUAAUUGUAAUUUUAUUCUGUAACAUAUUUUUUAACAGAAAAAAAGCUCAAGCUACAUUGGUAAUUUACAUAUUUAUUUUGUUAUGUAAAUCAUAUUUAUAAGUGCUAUUUUCACAGAGAAGUGAUUCUUUGUAAAUUGUAAAUAUGUUGCUGUUUAUUCUCUUUGUGUUGAUUGCAUGUCUUUGUAUCAGCCCUAAAAGAGAAUACACAUUACAUAUACAACAACGUA